UUUCUCUACAGCCUUUAACUGAACAAUUGCCCAAUAAACGGUCAAACACAUGACAUUAAAAAUUAUGAUUUAAAUUAACAAACGAUGCCUAAUCCAAAGACUGGGACCUGAAAAUAAUUACACCCAUCCGCCUUGAACACAGCAUCCCGUACCCGCCAUUCUGUUGUCACGUGACGAUCUAACGCAAUAUGGCGGCGCACUGUAUUAGCUAUUUAGCAUCACUGAUGGAAUAAGAGUCCCACGGCGUGUUCAUUUUAGGAUUUUAAAGCAGCCAUGGCCGGAGGAGCAUCGACCAGAUACAAACUGGGAGACCUUGUCUUCGCCAAGAUGAGGGGCUUCCCCCAUUGGCCUGCUCGGGUCUGCAGUAACGAUGUAACCAAGAAAAUGAUUGGUGUGUUCUUCUUCGGGACCCACCAAAUUGGUCUGGUUCUGCGGGACAAAGUGGUACCUUAUGCGGGAAAUCAAGCCAAGUAUGGCAAAGGGGUGCGGAUCAGAGGAUUCAAAGAAGGCAUGUGGGAGAUCCAGAACACACCAGGUGUUGAAAGUAAACAAAAGUCGCCAGCUAAGACAAGUUCUCCUAAAGCUCCAACAGGGAAGGAUCCAACUCCACAGAAAAGCCCUAAUCGGCUGGGCAGGCGUCCAAAACAAAGCCCAGCUGAACCUGCUAGUGGGUCUGCUUCUGUUGACACUCCUGCUGAAACUACGAAACCCACGUCAGCUGAUCCUGCUAGCAGCUCCAUACCUGGUGCUGGUAAAAAAGUUGUUGCAACACCAAAAUCGAAAACCACGAAAGCCCCCACACCAAGAGAGACAACCUCACCGACAGCUACAUCUGUCACUGAAGACGUUAUUCAACCUAAAGUCCGACGCACGCGCAGUUUGAAAAACGCUAGUAGCCCUCAAACAGAGCAUAAGGCCAUUAAAGUCUUGCCAGCCAAACCUUCUGGCAUUUCUGCGGCCCUAACUGAAGCAACCACUGCUGAAACUAGCCAAUUAAGCUCAGCUAAAGCUACAAGGAGCACUACUCCUGUAACCAAGGCUACCACAGCCAGUAUUAGCAAACCAAGCCAAGCUAAGGCUACAAGGAGCUCUGCCCCCUUAACUGAUGCUACCACGGCUAACAUCAGUGAACCAAGCCUUGCAAAAAAUACAAGGAGCUCGACUCCGUUAACUGAAGCUAUCUCUAGUAAAUCAAGUCCAUCUAAAGUCACUAGGAGCUCUGCUCAAUUAACUAAUGCUUCUGUUGAUGAUAACACCACCAAAGCAACGCCAGCGAAACCUGCUACCAUCUCUAUUCAUUUACCUAAUGUCAGCAAUGCUAAAUGCCAAUCAAGCCCAGCUAAAGUAACAAGGAGCUCAGCUCCAUUGAUCAAUGCUUCCACAACUAAUGCUGGCCAACCAAGCCUAGCUAAAGCUACAAGAAGCUCUACUCCGUCAACUGAUGCUACCACAGCCAAUGCUAUCCAACCAAGCCUAGCUAAAGCUACAAGAAGCUCUACUCCUUCAACUGAUGCUGCUACCACAUCCAAUGCUAUCCAAGCAAGCCUAGCUAAAGCUACAAGAAGCUCUACUCCUUCAACUGAUGCUACCACAGCCAAUGCUAUCCAACCAAGCCUAGCUAAAGCUACAAGAAGCUCUACUCCUUCAACUGAUGCUGCUACCACAGCCAAUGCUAUCCAACCAAGCCUAGCUAAAGCUACAAGAAGCUCUACUCCUUCAACUGAUGCUACCACAGCCAAUGCUAUCCAACCAAGCCUAGCUAAAGCUACAAGAAGCUCUACUCCUUCAACUGAUGCUGCUACCACAGCCAAUGCGAUCCAACCAAGCCUAGCUAAAUCUUCAAGAAGCACUUCUCCUUUAACCAUUGUUAACAAAUCGAAUGCUAACCAACCAAGCCUAUCUAAAGCUACAAGGAGCUCUGCUCUAUUAACUGAUAGUACCAUUGCGAUCGCUAGCCAGCCAAGCAUAGCUAAAGUGAAAAUGAGCUCUACUCUUUUAACUGAUGCUAUCCCAGCUAAUGAUAGCCAACCAAGCCGAGCUAAAGCUACAAGGAGCUCUACUCCUCUACCUGAUGCUAUCACAGCUAAUGCUAGCCAACCAAGCCGAGCUAAAGCUACAAGAAGCUCUAGUCCGUUAACUGAAGAUAUCACUAGCAAACCAAGCCCAUCUAAAGUCACUAGAAGCUCUACUCCUUUAACUGAUUCUAUCACAGCCAAUGCUAGCCAACCAAGCCAAGCUAAAGCUACAAUAAGCACUGCUCUUUUGACCGAUGCUACCACGGCUAACACUAGCCAACCAUGCCCAGCUGAAGCUACAAUAAGCUCUGCUCUGUUAACCGAUGCGACCCCGGCUAGUGCAAGCCAACCAAGCCUAGCUAAAGCUACAAGGAGCUCUGCUCCAUUAACCGAUAGCACCACAGCUAACGCUAGCCAACCAACCACAGCUAAAGCCACAAGGAGCUCUAGUUUGUUGACCGGUGCCCCAAUAGCUAACGCUAACAAAUCAAGCCUAGCUAAAGCUACAAGGAGCUCUGCUCCAUUAACCGAUGGAACAACAGCUAGCGCUAGCCUUCCAACCACAGCUAAAGCUACAAGAAGCUCGACUCCUUUAACCGAUAAUACUACAAGUAAUGCCAGCCAAUCAACCCAAGCGAAAGCUCCAAGGAGCUCUACUCCAUUAACUGAUGCCAUCACAGCUCCCAAAGUCACCCCAGCUGAACUGCCAAGCAGUUCCAUACCUGGUGCUGGUCCAACCGCUGAUCAGACUGCAGACCAAACGCCUCCACCUCAAGCCAUGACAGCCCCCACACCUAGAGAGACCACCACGCCGUCAGCUCCAUCUGUCACUGAAGACGCUACUCAUCCUCAAACCAUGACAGCCCCCACACCUAGAGAGACGACCACGCCGUCUGCUCCAUCUGUCACUGAAGACGCUACUCAUCCUCAAACCACGACAGCCCCCACACCUAGAGAGACAACCACGCCAAUAGCUCCAUCUGAAGGCGCUGCUGAACCCCAAGUCCGACGCACACGCAGUUCCACUACUUCAGCUCCCCAGUCCGAUGGACCUAGUGGUUCUAGUAGUCACGGUACUACUCACACGAGGAAGAGGAGGGGAGAGGUGGAACAGGAGGAAGGAGAGAACACGGAAGGAAAGAAGGAGGAUGGGAGCGUUGAGCCGACCGAGGCAAAGCAGAAGUCCACCGUUGAAGAGGACCAGCAGCGGCAGCAGCGUCUGGCUGUCAAGAGAGAGAAUGUGCUGCGUUCUCUGCGGGGUCUGAUCACCACCAGGAGAGGAAGAGGAGGCAGGAGGAAGGAAACCACGUGGAGCCGUCUGGGUCAGCGGGUGAGAAAGGUGGAGAAACUCCGCAGCAGGACGGCCACCGCGGCACCGAGCCAAUCAGCACGCGGCAGAGGACGGAGGCGCUCCACGACCGGCGGAGACCGGACACUCACUCAUGAGGAGCUGAGGAAGCAGGAGGCGGGGAGGAAGGAGACGAGGGAGGAGGAGGAAGAGGGGAGGAAAGAGGAGAAGGACGAGAGCCAGGGCACCAGAGGGAGCGGGAGAGGGAGGAGCCCAGCGGCGAAGCAGGAGUCUGAACCACAGGAAGACCGGAGGAGGAGCAAGAGAGGCGCAGGGGUAGAGGAGGAGGAGGAGGUGAAGCCACCACAGAGGAAGAGGAGAACUACCCGCCCAGAGGAGAAGGCAGAGGAGAAGGAGGAGGAGAAGAGGAUGGAGGAGGUGAAGCCACCACAGAGGAAGAGGAGAACUACCCGCCCAGAGGAGAAGGAGGAGGAGGAGAGGGAGGAGGAGGUGAAACCACCACAGAGGAAGAGGAGAACUACCCGCCCAGAGGAGAAGCAGGAGGAGGAGAGGGAGGAGGAGGUGAAGCCACCACAGAGGAAGAGGAGAACUACCCUCCCAGAGGAGAAGGAGGAGGAGGAGAGGAUGGAGGAGGGCGGUGCGGAGCUGCAAGGCAUGCUGGGUGAUGGAGUUGAGCAGCAGAGUAUCGGGGAGACCAGAGGAACGCUGCUGGACUCCACGCUGCACCGUAUCCAUGGCGACCUGCGCAUCGCCCUCAAGUCAGACAGCCCUGAUGUGUCCAGGUGUGUGUCUGCGUUGGACCAGCUCAGCAUGCUCUAUGUGACGUCUCGUCACGUUCAGAAGCACAGUGAGCUUGUGUCUACACUGCGGAAGAUGCGCUAUUACAGAGCGUGCCAGGCUGUGAUGGACAAGGCGUCCAUGUUGUACUGUCGCUUUAAGAACUCCUUCCUGCUGGGGGAGGGAGAGGAGGUGCUGAGCCAGGCCUACCUCCACUCACUCCUCCAGGAGAGGGAGAGGGAGGAGCAGCAGAGGUGGAAGCUGGAGGAGGAGAGGAGGAAGAGAGGGGCGGAUGGAGAGAGCAGAGGAGAAGAGGAGGUGCAGAGCAUUCAAACCCAAGGUCCAAUGGAUGCUUCCUGACCAUAUGGAAUGUACAAACUCUGAUUAAAUGUUCUUGCAGUUGGAGAUUUCCUGAAUGAACAUGUUUUUUGCUUUCAUGUAUAGUUUGAGUGUGUGUCAGUUUAUACUUUAUACUUUUAGUUUAUUUUUAAAAAGGUUGGUACCGUUCUGUAUCAUAGCAUCUUGCAUUCAAAAUUAAAACAGUUUUGAU